UCGGCAGACUUGACCAAAGAAAAUUCAGUUCUUAUAAACCUGUCGUAGAGUGAUUUUCGAGUAUUACUUUAUUCGGACGGACUUGAAAAUAAUUUUUCGCUUAAAGUAAAAUAAUUAGAUAAGCACAAUAAAUUAGAAAUGUCUUUCACUGAUUUUAAUCAGACAUGCAAGGAGUCUAACUGGUCGGUAGAGUUGCCAAUUUAUCCGUCUUCACCUGAGAGCAUAAGGACGAGCGAGUCGGAAGAAUGGAAUUACAACCAACAAUUUAAUUGUGAUGAUUCACCUCUUUUUGAUGCUAAAAAAACAACUGAUGCUGUUGAUGCGAAUAAUAUUUUUAAAACAGCCAUUUCUAAUUCCAAAUUAUUGAAUCAACAAUCACUUGAGCAUCAACUAUUAAAAAAGCCUUUCGUCAACAAUGACAUAAACGAUUUACCCACCGAAGAGCUUCAGCAACAACAAGAUCAUUGUCUCAGAAAUAAAUCAUCUUUACGGAAAGUGAAGCGAGCUAUUACAAAAAAAAAGAAUAAAACAGGACGAACACGAACUAUAUUGACCGACAAGCAACAUAGUGAGCUGGAAAAAUUUUUCCGUCAAAGUAAUUACAUGUGCUAUGCAGAAAGAUUUGACAUCGCAUCUAAAUUAGGCAUCAGCGAAAAAACGGUGAAUGCGUGGUUUAAUCGUCGUCGACUAAAGUUGAGGAAAACUAUCUCAAAUGAAGUAGAUACCAAGGACAAAAAAAAUUUUAAUCCUCCGAAAAAUAAAGGAAAUCAGUUCAUUAUUGCCGCAGAAGACAUCAAUUGUCGAAGAAUUAACGCGUCCAGAUUAGAUGCGACUAAACAUUACUAUCCGUCACCACUAAAUAAAGAUAUGGGUAUCAAAAACGACAUUACAAACAAUUUUACAAAUGGUAACUUCCAAACAGCAUACAGUGGAAGUAUGCAAAAUGGUAACAUUUUCAACAAAUCUUCUGACGUCAAAAUGUACAACGACAACAAUAAUUAUCAUUAUCUAUCUCGCAGUGGGUCUAAUAAUAAUAAUCAUAAUGAUAAUAAUGAUAAUAAUAAUAAUAGUCAUAAUAAUAAUAAUAAUAAUAAUAAUAAUAAUAAUAAUAAUAAUAAUAAUAAUAAUAAUAAUAAUAAUAAUAAUAAUAAUAAUAAUAAUAAUAAUAAUAAUAAUAAUAAUAAUAAUAAUAAUAAUAAUAAUAAUAAUAACAGUUAUUAUGCAAACCCUGACGAAUACGUAGAUUAUAACUAUAAAGAAUACAAUACUACCACUGACUAUCCGGUUAAUAACAGUAACUUUUAUACGUCCGGAGUAAUUCAGAAUUCAGAUCCACCUAUAAACUUACUUUCAGAAAUCACAUCAUCGAUUGAGUUAAACAACGAAAUGGAUGGGUUCAAAUUUUUACGCUUUACUUUUAUUGACUAUCAAUUUCAGUAAGAAAUGGGAUUAAAUAGAUGUAAUUAUUUAGUAAGGCUGAUAUUUUUGUGUUAUGUUAAGUCAUUAAGCAGGGAUCAUGUAAAUAAUGAUCAAGUAUUCAAUUCAUGGGCAAUAAGUAUAAAAAUUCAGUGGAUAAAAUUAUAAUUGAAUAAGUAGUGACGACGUAAAAUACGGAAUUCGAUUGACUUGCUACAAUAAUAUUUGAAUAUUAUUGAUAAUUUAGGACGUAUGUAGUUUUUUCUACUCUUUUGAAUUACUUAUUGGACUAUUUAUAUUAUUUAAUUUUUGUUUCUAGAAACUUAUAGUGUUAGUUAAAAAGACACCAAAUAUUUAUUAUUACUGAAAUUGUAAUAACUUUGAUUAAUUUAUUUUUAAUGCUAUUACUUGCUUUUUUUUUAAAUUACUUAAAUGCAUAAUAGUUAAGCUUUUAUACUAAAAAUUGAGUAUGUUAUU